UUGUCACCGUGUGGAAAAAGCUUCACCGCACGCCAAACCACAAGCUCCAAACCGCAAGCUCCAAACACACUCGCUCAGCGCCCAUACCCCGCCUGAUUCACGGCCUUGCAUCACGACACCGAGCCCCACUGUCCUGCUCCUUGCAUUACGCAAGACGCGAUAAGACGCUCAACUGCAGACUCGUAGAGUGCGCCAAUCUAGGCAAAGCCUCUGCUUGCUCCAGACCCGCGCAUUCGCGUGAGACCGACUCACGACCCCACACUUCUCAUUUUGACCCCUCGUGGUCCCGGCACUCGCGGAGUGGAAUUGCGCCUUGCACCCUAAGUCGCGCAUACACAGCAGCGCACGCCUACGCCCAACAUGUCGUCGUCGUCGCAAGUCACCGAGUCCUGGGUCGCAUCGUUCUGCGGCCUGCUCGGCCACGAGUACUUCGCGGAGGUGUCAGAAGACUUCAUCGAGGAUGACUUCAACCUGACAGGCCUGCAGUCGCAGGUACCCAUGUACAAGGAAGCACUGGAGAUGAUUCUGGACGUUGAGCCAGAGGACGAUGAUGAGGACGAGGAGGAAGAGGAGGAGGAAGACGACGAGGACGAGAUCCUGGGUGAUGAGAGGGGUGCCUACCGGAGGGCAGGUGACAGGAGACACCUGCGGAUAGCGUCGGACCUGAGCGUGAUAGAAAGCUCCGCCGAGCUCCUCUACGGGCUGAUACACCAGCGCUACAUCACGUCCAGGCCAGGUAUUCAGCAAAUGGCGGAGAAGUACGAGCUCCAACACUUUGGCACGUGCCCGCGCGUGAACUGCAACUCGUGCAAGGUGCUCCCCGUCGGCCUGAACGACAGCCCCGGGCACGAGACGGUUAAGCUCUUCUGCCCGUCCUGCCUCGACGUGUACACACCUCCCAACUCGCGCUUCCAGACGGUCGACGGCGCGUUCUUCGGCACGACAUUCCCGUCGCUUUUCUUCAUGACGUUUACAGACCUCGACAUUAGCGGCGGGCUGCGCAGCAGCUCAGGUGCGACAAUGGACGUGCUCGCACAGCUGCAGGCUCAGAGCGCCGAGGCAAAGUCGCGCAACAACACGACUCCCGCAAACGUCACGUUGGUCAACGGCAUCGCGCCAAACAACCUCGCACCGGGCCUAGGUUUGGGAUCGAUCUACGAGCCUCGCAUCUACGGGUUCCGGGUCAGCGAACGGGCGCGGUCAGGCCCACGCAUGAAGUGGUUGCGGAUGCGGCCUGCGGACGUGACGGAGCUGGACGAGACACGACGAUACUGGGAAGAUCGGGCCGAAGACGAGGACCGGCCAGACGAGGACGACAUGAACAUGGUGGACGUGGCAGAGGGUGGCAGGGCUGGGGUGCCUGCCAAUCGCACACGGAAACAGGCGCGCACAAGAAGGCGGCCAGCGAACGGAAGUGGGGCGGCUGAGGGCAGCCCUAUGGACACGAAUGGGGUUGCUGUCGACGCUGCAGCGGCGGGCUAGACGGGCGUGGGUGCAGUUGGCGCAGCAAUGUAAUUUCUUCUAGAGCACACGAGGAAGUCUGCAAUAGCGAUGAUGGAGACGGAUGGCAGCGGAGACAUGUGGCAGCGGAGACACAGAGUACAGCGGAGAUAUCAAUGAAGCACGGAGAAAUCAAUGAAGUAGCGAGGUUGGCGGAGUCAGUCGCUCACACGUCUUGUGGGUUGGAGUGUUCGCGUGGCUAUGGUCAGCGUGUUUGGGCAGGUCCUCUGCGGCGUGGCAGCAUGAUAAAUCAUGUCUGCACUGCACGCGUGGGG